UAUAAAUCCUGUGGCACCGGAAGCAAUGUCAAGAUGUAGAAGCAAACAGUUCCACAUCUCAUACACUCACUCCAAAUCUCAUUGCUCCUUAAACCUUUGUAAUUCAUUGCAACUCAGCACAUAACUAUUAGCCAUCAUGGUCGGAAUCCGCGAUGUGUUUCCACCGAAACCAACCUUUACAGAGCAGAACCUUGGAAACCAGGCGGGAAAGGUUUUCGUAAUCACAGGCGCCAACUCGGGCGUCGGCUUCGAGUUGGCCAAGCUGCUCUAUCAGAAGAACGGCACCGUCUACAUCGCCGCCCGGUCAGGAAGCAAGAUCAAAACCGCCAUCGAGAGCAUAAAACAAGAGUUCCCCUCCAGCAAUGGCCGCCUCGACAGCAUCUUGGUCGACCUGUCGGACCUGCGAACCAUCAAAUCCGCGGCCCAGGACUUUUUGGCCCGGGAGAACAGGCUCGAUGUGCUCUUCCACAACGCCGGCGUGAUGCUGACGUCGAACAAUGCGAAAAGUCUCCAGGGCCACGAGCUGCGCAUGGCAACCAAUUGCCUCGGCCCCCAGCUGCUGACGGAUUUCUUGGCCCCGCUGAUGGUCCAGACCGCCCGGUCGCAGCCAUCCCAGCGGGAUUCGGUCAGGGUCGUGUGGGUGUCGACGAUGGUCAACUCGCACGGGCCAAUGAUUUGGGAUGAGGCGCUGGAUCAGCCCAAGCUCUUAUCCGGGGGUAUGGACACUUACUUCCAGUCCAAGGUCGGGGAUGUGUUCUUGGCGCAUGAGUGGGGUGAGCGUCUUGCAGGAGAUGGGAUUGUGAGCGUGAGUUUACAUCCUGGCCUCAUGAAGACUGAGCUCCAGCGUGACAACAAAGCCAUGCAGACCAUGAUGGGAAUCAUAUUCAAGCCUGCAAAAUUUGGUGCGUACACGGAGCUGUUCGCGGCUUUCUCGCCGGAUGUUACCGUGCAGAAGAAUGGGUCCUUCCUGAUGCCUUGGGGCCGCUUUGGCUCGCUUCGAGACGACAUUACUGCACAAACCAAGUCGAAAGAUCAGGAUGGUACGGCGCUGUCUAAGAAGUUCUGGGCAUACUGCGAGUCUGCCAUUGAGUCGUUCAAAUGA